AUGGAGACCGCCUUCGAACAAGCUUGUGAGAAGGAAGAAAUUCGAGGAGCUGUGCUCGUGGCUGCAUCCUCUGACGGUAGGUUCGAAUAUGAGAAAGCGUUCGGUAAGGCCUCGCCAGACGAGCCUAUGCUACUCGACUCGACAUUUCGAAUCGCCUCAUGUUCAAAGCUCCUCACAUCUAUCGCUGCCCUGCAGUGUGUGGAAAGGGGGCAGAUUACUCUCGACGAGGACGUCACUCCCAUUCUACCCGAAUUAGCGCAGCUUCCGAUCCUCGAAGGAUUUGAGAAGGAGUCGGGUCAGCCACUUCUUCGUCAGAGGAAGACGACAAAACUCACUCUCAGACAACUCUUGACGCACACCGCCGGUAUGAGCCACGAUUUCGCAAAUCCAAUGUUGAUGCAGUGGCGCGAAUACCACAAACAAAGAGUUGGCAUUCCAGCCACGAGUUUUACGACCAAUUGCCGCCUACCCUUAGUCUAUGAGCCUGGAGCUGGGUGGGAAUACGGUGCAGGAAUCGAAUGGGUGGGUUUCCUCAUCGCAAGACUAAACGACAGCAGUUUACAAGCGUACAUGCAAGAUCAUAUCUGGAAACCUCUCGGUAUCACAGACAUGACAUUCCAUCUUGAAGAACGACCGGACGUGCGCGCGAAGCUCCCCCAGACAAGCAAACGCAUGCAGAACGGCAAGAUUGAAUGGCUCGAGGAGGUGGUUAUACCCGAUCCCAUCCAAGAUGAUCUCGGCGGUUGUGGAAUCAUAUCAACGGCACAGGAUUUUCUCAAGGUCCUGAAAUCGGUUCUUGUCAAUGACGGAAAGCUACUGCAGCCGGCAACCAUUGAUACACUGUUUCAACCGCAACUCAAAUCGACAGCAAGGGAUGCUUUGCGUACAAUAAUGAAGACAGCAGAAAGGAGUACAGGAUUUGGUCUGCCAGCGAAUACAACCGUUGAUCAUGGCCUGGCAGGGAUGCUCAUUAUGGAAGAUAUACACACAGGAAGAAAAGGAGGUAGUUUGAGCUGGGGAGGCUACCCAAACUUGAAAUGGUGGAUCGACAGAGAGACAGGUGUCUGCGGGCUGUAUGCGAGCCAACUUCAUCCCCCUGGCGACCCUAUGUCUGUCAAGAUGUAUGAAAUUUUCCAGGCAGAGGUGUACAAUCGCCUUGGACAGAUCAAUACCUGA